AUGUUGGAACACUCGUCGGAGCUAGCCCUGGUGCAGAGCAUAUACGUCAACGGCAUGCGCUGUCCCCCCUCUGCCUCCGCCGCCGGUGUCCCCGUCAGGAAUGAGGACCUAGGAUCUCUGAGCAACGGCAGCAACAGCAGCAGGAUGAAUGGUUCUAUGGAGAACCUGGAUACCCCUGACCAUGACUCCAUCAAGAUGUUCGUUGGCCAGAUCCCCCGCUCCUGGACGGAAACCGAGCUCAAGGAGCUGUUUGAGCCCUACGGGGCCGUGCACCAGAUCAACAUCCUCCGAGAUCGCACUGCCACACCCCCCCAAAGCAAAGGAUGCUGUUUUGUAACGUUUUAUACCAGGAAAGCCGCCCUGGAGGCCCAGAAUGCAUUGCACAACAUAAAGACCUUAACAGGGAUGCAUCAUCCCAUCCAGAUGAAACCCGCUGACAGUGAGAAAACAAACGCGGUGGAAGACCGAAAGCUCUUCAUUGGAAUGGUGACAAAGAAAUACGGCGAGAACGAGGUCCGAAUGAUGUUCUCUGCUUUUGGACAGAUAGAGGAAUGCCGAAUUCUCAGAGGGCCUGACGGUCUGAGCAGAGGCUGUGCGUUUAUCACAUUUUCUACCAGGGCUCAGGCCGCGAAUGCAAUCAAAACCAUGCAUCACUCUCAGACUAUGGAGGGCUGCUCCUCUCCCAUGGUGUGUAAGUUUGCGGACACUCAGAGGGACAAAGAGCAGCGGCGCCUGCAGCAGCAGAUGGCCCAACAGAUGCAGCAGCUCAACAGCGCCUCCACCUGGGGGAACCUGGCAGGGCUGGGAGGCCUCACCCCACAGUACUUGGCAUUGCUCCAACAGGCGACAUCUACCGGUAACCAGAGUAAUUUUGGUGGCAUGCAGAGGCUAGGAGGUGUGAACCAGCUGCAGCUGCAGAACCUGGCCACGUUAGCUGCUGCUGCCUCUGCAGCCCAGAACUCAGGCGGCGGCUCCAACGCCCUGUCAGCCAACGGAGCUCUAGGUAAUCUCUAUAACUCAGCAGCAGGCCAGACGGCAGGCUCCAGCGCUGGUGCAGCCAUGAACACCCUGGCCUCUCUGGGCCUGACCCAGGGCCUCGGUGGGGGCCUGACGGGGACCUCCAUGGGUCUCAACAACCUCAACGCCCUCACUGGGGGUGUCAGCGGUGAGUACUCCAACCGAAUGGCGACUAUGAACGGAGGACUGGGGGCCUCGAUGGCGAACGGCUCGGGGGCGAGUUCCAUGGACGCACUGACUCAGGCCUACUCAGGGAUGCAGCAGUACACGGCCUCCGCCCUGCCUUCCCUCUACAGCCAGUCCCUACUGCAGGGAGCAGCCGGCGGGAGCCAGAAGGAGGCUGGGAGCCAGAGGGAGGGUCCUGAGGGAGCCAACCUGUUCAUUUACCACCUGCCCCAGGAGUUUGGAGACCAGGAUGUCCUGCAGAUGUUCAUGCCUUUUGGAAGUGUCGUCUCUGCCAAAGUCUUCAUCGACAAACAGACCAAUCUGAGCAAGUGCUUCGGGUUUGUCAGCUACGACAAUCCGGUGUCGGCACAGGCCGCCAUCCAGGCCAUGAACGGCUUCCAGAUCGGCAUGAAGAGGCUCAAGGUGCAGCUGAAGCGCUCUAAGAACGACAGCAAACCCUACUGAUCUUACCCAGGGCAGGGGCCAUUUUCCCCAGGCUCUAUGUUAGCAUUACACGGGUAAGUCUAAGUCUACCCAACCCACGACUAAAGCCAAGGCCAUCUGAUCACCACAGCAGAGACUUAAUUAAUAGGGUGGCAGGUAGCCUAGAGGUUAGAGCGUUGGGCCAGUAACCGAAAGGUCGCUGGUUCGAAUACCCAACCCGACAAUGUCACAAAUCUGCCGAUGUGCCCUUGAGCAAGGCGCUUAACCCUAAUUGGCCCCAGGGGCGCCGUACUACUAUCGUGGGUGUCAUUCAGACUCACUCCACUGGGGUCUUGUUAUCUUAAACCGGUUAUGUUCUUUACAUGUCUAUUAUUACUGCAUCCAUUCCUUUUACAGUUUCAUCAUGUCAUUUUUAAGAGUGGUAUAAAGUGUUAAUUUAUAUGAUUAUUUAUAGCUAUCACUAGAGCCAGUGUUCAAAAGGGUAUUUUGUGUUGUGAUAUUUAAGAGGGAACACCAGAUUUGAUUAUUUCUGUACCAUUUCAUUAUAUCUACUUACUAGGUUUAAAAUAGACGGGUUGACUAAGGAUCAGACACACGCCUCAUCCUGUCAGACUAUCAGAGCUCUUGGGCUUCAGUCUGUUGCAUUGAUCUGUUACCUCUUAAUAUGUGAAGGUCUUUCACUUUUUCUCUCUGCUUCCAUCUCUCAUUCUUUUUCUUUCUUAAAACCAAGCAAUGUCAAGCCGCUGGGGCUACCUCUGCUCACUUCUUUUCAUAAUUAACUUCUUCCAAUCAUUCCAUCCAUCCAUGUCUCUCCUGAAGGGACUGACUGGUUAGAGAUGGAUCACUUUGAGUGCCACAUGUAUGUGCAUGUCUGACUGUCUAACAUACGUCUAGUGAUGUCAUUUCCUAAUCUGAUGAUGUCAUUUCCUUUAUCAAACUGUAUUGUUUUGUGUGUGUGUGUGGGGAAACAUCCCCAAUUGUCAUUAUGUUAUAUGUGGUGGUUGGCAUUGUUUGUCGUUGUUGUUGGUGCCUCAUGUUUGAAAGGUUAUUGUGCUGUGGCUAACUUCUUUCUCCCUCUCUGUCUCUCUCUCUCUCUCUCGCUCUCUCUACCUCUCUCCUUUCGUGUUUUUUCUUCCCUUUUUUAGAAAAAAUCUCCAUGCCUGUUUGCUCAUCGUUAGCCUAGCAUGUCCUCAUGGUGUUGAAAGCCAACCCAAAACUCCUCCUCUUCCUCCUGGCUACUCCUCAUCAUCCUCCCACCAUUGUUGUCUCUGAUGUCUCGCUAAAGCUCGCCUGACCAAUAGGCUACCUGACCACACCCCCCCACUGACCUUUGACAUAUGAAAUUUGACCAUAGCUCAACCCGAUUGGUUGUAUCCAAAAUGGCACCCUGUAUAAGUGCACUACUUCUGACCAAAGCCUUUUUGAUCAGUGCUAGGUGCUGCACUAUAUAGGGAAUAGGCUGCCAUUUUGGAUAAGUCCAAUUUCUUUUGCAUGUAACUUCAUUUUUCUCUAGUUUUUCUGUAUAAAUGUAAUGGGAGGAAGGGAGGGAGGACAAGCAAAAUCAAUGUGAAAUCUUACCUGCGCUUAUUUCAUUUAAGAGACUAUUUAGCAAAUGCAGAAAAAAAAACAUUGUUUUAAAAGCCUGUGGGAUAGUUUAUUCUUUCUUUUUUAAUUUUGUAAUUUGCUUGUUUUUAUGUUGUUUCUUUUAACCUCUUCUCUCGUUCUAAAGUUCACUUGAAAGUUUUAAUACAGGGACUAGCACGGCACAGUGCUACUUUGUGCCAUUUAGCAAUAUGCUGGCUUCUGAAACAACAUACUAUAAGGUUCUGUCUGAAAUGACACCCUAUUCCCUAUUUAGUGCACAGAUUUUUAUUUGCCGCCAGGCCUCUAGUCAAAAGUGUAGUGCACUAUGUAGGGAAUCGAGACCACUCGACUAGCAAAACAAUUUUCAAAACAAGUCUGAUUAUCAACCAGAAUUCCCCUCAGUGCGUUGUUAUGGCUUUUCACAUUUAAUAUUCAAGAAGGCAUUGUAAAGAUUUUCAAUUUUCUCGCUAAGGCUGUUGGUGACUUGGUUUUCAUUAAUGAAAAUAUAACAGUUUAUUUACCUAUUUAGCUUUAUUCUUUAUUCCAACAAAUAUUUACGGCACAAUUAAAAGGUAGAUUUGCUAUGACUACCUACAUGAACUUUUUAGAACCGAUUCACAAAUAGACAAUCUGUGGUUUAAAUGCACACUUAGAUUACCUAUAUUUUAUACCAUUGAAUCUAUAGAAGUUUAGGUUAUUUUGUAGAUUAUGUUGUAAUGUCAUCUGCUAGGGUCUAAGUGUUUCAAGUUUUUAAAGAGGAUUAAAAAAACAACUGUUUGCUCGAUCAACACAACCUUUCGAAAAAAUAAAUGUCAUUACGAGUGGUGAUGUAAUUCCUACUUAUUUACAUGUACAGUGCCUUCAGAAAGUUCUCAUACCCCUCAACUUAUUCCAUAUUCUGUUAGUCUGAAUUCACAAUGGAUGACUAGAUUUUUUUCCCUCACUCAUCUACACACAAUGUCCCAUAAGAUGACUGUGAAAAACAUGGUUUCAGAAAUGUUGGCACAAAUGAUUGACAAAUUAAAUACAGAAAUGUAUAAUUUAAGUAAGUAUUCACACCCGAUUCAAUACUUUGUAGAAGCACCUUUGGCAGCGAUUACAGCUGUGAGUCUUUCUGGGUAAAUGUGUCCGCGUGCUUCCCAGCUGAAACAGUUCGGUGGAGUUUGAAUAUAUUAUGAUGAAAUUUUGUGACGUUUUUGUUCGUUUGGACUUCUGUGCUGAUUUUUUUGGUGAUUGGUCAACAUUAGGGAUUCUUUAAUAAAGUCUUUGUCAUGCAACAAGA